AUGAUCUACGCCAGGACGCUUUUGCUCGCCUUUGUGGCGGUGUCGGUGAUGACUGUGGUGCAGGCCACCCAGUCCAUCAGCCACAACGCUGCGGUGCGUCGUCACGCUUCGAUGGUUAGCCAACGCCCCGCGCGUCGCUCGGUCGACGUGAGCGCGGGCAGGAUGGUGCAAAAGAGGCAGACGGCCGAACAGAUCAAGCAGGCCGCCGACCUCAAGGCCUGGGACGACGAUUUCCACGCUAAGAAUGCAGAGUGGCAGCAGGCUGCCAUGGCCGCGCUUGCCAGCGGUCAGACUCCGCCUUCCUACGACGAGUACUGGAGUGGCAAGUCCGGGUCAUCCUCCUCGUCUUCGGCCGCCCCUGCCCAGCAGGAACAGCAGCAGCCGCAGCAACAGCAACAGCAACAGCAACAGCAACAGCAGCAACAACCCGCUGACAACACCAAUGCCGACUCAUCGAACGACACCUCGGACUCGACCGAGUGCGAAGAAGACUCGGCUGACACUUCGGAUACCGCCAGCAGUGGCGCUGCUGCUGCCGCCGCUUCGGGCAGCAAGUCCAACGCUGCCAAGGGUAACGGUGGUGGCUCGUCUUCCUCUUCCUCCUCCUCUUCAAACUCGUCGUCAUCGUCCUCCGACUCGGGCUCUUCAUCUUCAUCGUCCUCCUCCUCGGAGUCGACGUCGGGCUCGUUUGGCGGACAGGCAACCUACUAUGCGCCCGGCCUUGGAGCGUGCGGAUGGACCAACACCGAGUCGGACUACAUUGUGGCCGUAUCGCACUCGCUCUUUGACUCGUUUGGCACGGGCAACCCCAACAACAACCCCAUCUGCGGCCACAAGAUCAAGGCCACCUACCAGGGCAAGUCCAUUACGGUCUCGGUCAGUGACCGCUGUACUGGGUGCGCCUGGGGAGAUCUCGAUUUCACUCCUUCCGGCUUCCAGCAGCUCGCACCGCUCUCGAAAGGACGUCUGGACGGUCUGACGUGGUCGUGGAUCGGUGCGGCCCCCUAA